AUGCGCGUCGUCGCCUCCUGCUGCCCGCGCUGGGCGCUCCUGGCCCUGGCGCUGCGCCUGGCGCUGGCCGCGCCCGCGGAGCGGCCGCUGCUGCUGCCGCACGGCGUGGAGCGGGGCGACGCGGCGCUGGAGCCCGGCGACGACGCGCGCUCGGCGGCGCUGGGGCUGCGCAGGGCGCUGCGCUUCUACGGCGCCGCCGUCCGCUCCCUCUACGUUGCCACUAACGGGAUUAUUGCAGUGAAUGAACCUUCAAAUGAAGAAGAAUAUCUUGGUGAAUUCCCAGUCAGUUUUGGGGCUAUUGCUCCCUUUAUGGCUGAUCUAGACACAACAGAUGGACGUGGAAACGUAUAUUACAGAGAAGAUUCAUCCCCAGAUGUUCUACAGCUUGCUUCAGACUACAUCAAAAGAGGUUUUCCUGAGACCACAUUUGAUCCCAGCAGUGUUGUGAUUGUUACAUGGAAGCGUGUGGCUCCUUACCAGGCACCUGGAGAAGAUGUUACUUUGAAUGAAAAGAGAAACACAUUCCAGGCUGUUCUAGCCUCUUCUGAUUCCAGUUCCUAUGCUAUUUUCCUUUAUCCAGAAGAUAGUUUGCAGUUUUAUAGUACGUACUCCAAGAAUGAUGAUGGAAAGAUUCCUGCUAUGGUUGGCUUUAGUCAAGCCUCUACAAAUUACUACUUUUGGGAAAAACCAGGAUCCUACAAUAUCAUUGCUAAUGAUGAAGACACCAUCAGAAACCUACAGAAAAGUAGCAAUGUUGGCAGGCAAGGUGUCUGGGUGUUUGAGAUUGGUAGCUCUUCUGACAGUAUUGUGCCUGCCAAGAUCAGCAGUGUUUUGGAGAGCCUAGAGUCCAGCGAACAAGACCAAGAGAUGACUUCAAAACCAUUUAUGUCAGAUUAUGGCUCCACUGAAAUAAGACUGGAACAUGUAACCAGCCCUAUGGACAGUACAGAAGGGGAUCAGCACCACCUUACAUAUAGUGUUCCUCACCUAGCUGCAGAGGACUUUAUGACUUCGUACCAAGAUGUAACAGAAAUACCUUCCACUGAGUCUUUGUAUGGUCAUCAAGAUUUCCCAACAGCAAAAGCUCCACCUCGCCAAUUCCAAGUCCAGCAGUUUCCCCCACAGCAACCCCAGGUCAUAGACGUGGAAGAAUUUGAUGAAACUGGGAUAGUGUUCCGCUACCACACAGAUGUCGAACAGACCUGUGCUAACAACCGUCACCAGUGCUCCGUUCAUGCUAUUUGCACAGAUUAUCCCAAUGGAUUUUGUUGCAGUUGUAUUGCUGGUUACAAAGGAAAUGGCAGACAAUGUGUACCAGAAGGAUCUCCUCAGAGGGUCAAUGGGAAGGUCAAAGGAAGAGUCUUUGUAGGAAAUAACCCAGUUCCAGUUAUAUUUGAGAAUACUGACCUCCACUCCUAUGUUGUGAUGAACCAAGGACGUGCCUAUACUGCCAUCAGCACAAUCCCAGAGACUUUGGGGUAUUCUUUACUGCCGCUUGCCUCUAUUGGAGGUAUCAUAGGAUGGAUGUUUGCUGUGGAACAGGAAGGAUAUAAAAAUGGAUUCAGUGUUACUGGUGGUGAGUUUACACGGCAAACUGAAGUUACCUUCCUUGGCAACAACGAGAAGCUGGUUAUCAAACAGAAAUUCAGUGGAAUUGAUGAGCAUGGUCACCUUACCAUCAGCACAGAAAUGGAGGGCAGAAUACCAGAGAUCCCUUCUGGUUCAUCAGUCCACAUAGAACCGUACACUGAGCUCUAUCACACUUCUAGUUCUGUGAUCACUUCAUCGUCCACCAGGGAAUACACAGUGACGGAGCCAGAAAGGGAUGGGAUUGCUUCCUCAUACACGGCUGCCUAUCAGUGGCGACAAACCAUCUCCUUUGAUGAAUGCGUUCAUGAUGACUCUCACCAUGCUGCUUCUGCUACUCAGCAGCUCUCAGUAGACAGUGUGUUUGUCUUGUAUAACAAAGAUGAGCAGAUUCUGCGAUAUGCCAUGAGUAAUUCCAUUGGCCCAAUCAGUGAUGGUUCUGCUGAUAUUAACCGAAAUCCUUGCUACACUGGUACCCAUAACUGUGAUACCAAUGCAAUAUGUCGUCCAGGAACAGGGAAUCGUUUCUUCUGUGAAUGUUCAGUUGGCUUUCGUGGAGAUGGACAAGUUUGUUAUGAUGUUGAUGAAUGCUCAGAGCAACCAGCAUUAUGUGGCAUUAAUGCAGUAUGCAGUAACCAGCCAGGAACCUACCGAUGUGAGUGUGUUGAUGGAUACCAGUUUGCAGAAGAUGGACAGACGUGUGUUGCUGUUGAAUAUACCAUAAACCAUUGUCAGACAGGCACACACAACUGUGACAUUCCUCAGCGUGCCCAAUGUGUGUACACCGGAGGGUCUGCCUACAUCUGCUCGUGUCUCCCUGGCUUCUCUGGUGAUGGGCGUGCCUGUGAGGAUAUAGAUGAAUGUCAGCAGGGCCGCUGUCAUCCAGAUGCCUUCUGCUACAACACACCAGGGUCCUUCAGUUGCCACUGUAAGGCAGGUUAUCGUGGGGAUGGUUUCCGGUGUGUGUUAGGAGAAGUAGAAAAGACCAAAUGUCAGCAUGAACAAGAACGAGCUCUUGGAAGCGGAGGCACUUUCUUCCCAAGAGAAACAAGAGUUGGUCAGUUCAUUCCCCAGUGUGAUGAGCAUGGGAAUUACCUACCCACUCAGUGCCAUUCCAGCACAGGAUAUUGUUGGUGUGUGGAUAGGGAUGGAAAUGAAAUUGAUGGCACCAGAAGUGGCCCAGGAGUUCAACCACCAUGUUUGAGCACAGCUGCUCCUCCUGUUGUUAUUGGGCCCUCCGUUCGACCAGACACAAUACCUCUCCCCCCUGGAACGCACUUGCUCUUUGCCCAAAGUGGGAAAAUUGAACAUGUUCCGCUGGAGGGAAACAGCAUGAAGAAAAAUGGAGCAAAAGCACUCUUGCAUAUUCCAGACAGAGUUAUUAUUGGAGUUGCAUAUGAUUGCAUGGACAAGAUGGUUUACUGGACAGACAUCAGUGGCCCUUCAAUCAGUAGAGCUAGCCUGCAUGGUGGAGAGCCAACAACAAUCAUCAAAACAGACUUGGGAAGCCCUGAAGGAAUAACUGUAGAUCAUCUAGGUCGCAACAUCUUCUGGACAGACUCUCAACUUGAUAGAAUAGAAGUGGCUAAGCUGGAUGGACGCCAACGUCGUGUCCUCUUUGACACUGGCCUGGUGAACCCUAGAGCAAUUGUAGCAGAUCCCAUGAGGGGGAACUUGUAUUGGACUGACUGGAACAGAGAAGCUCCCAAAAUUGAAACUUCCUACAUGGAUGGCACAAACAGAAGAAUUCUUGUGAAAGAUGAUCUGGGGUUACCAAAUGGGCUGACAUUUGAUACUUACUCCUCCAUGCUGUGCUGGGUAGAUGCAGGCACCAAGAGACUGGAAUGCAUGAACCCUAAUCAGCUUGGUCGACGAAAGAUCAUUGAAGGAAUUCAGUAUCCUUUUAGUGUUACAAGCUAUGGGAAGAAUUUAUACUACACAGACUGGAGAAGGGAUGCUGUUGUAGCUGUGGAUCGCUCACUUUCAAUAGAAAAUGAUAACUUCCAGCCUCACAAGCGUUCUCGUCUCUAUGGAAUCACUACAGCCUUUGCUCAGUGCCCAGGAGGACAUAACUACUGUACGGUGAAUAAUGGCGGUUGUACUCACCUUUGCCUGGCUACCCCAGGAGGCCGUUCUUGCCGCUGCCCUGACAACACAGUUGGAGUGGAUUGUAUAGAAAGAAACUGAGCAUUAAAACAAGCUAGAGCAGCAGGCUCCUUUUGGAAUGUACUGUAAAUACUUCAAUCCUGUCAGUACAAUCAGACCCUAAAGAUAAGUGCUCCAUGCUGCCAACAGCAGGCCACAACAGAUACCUGCAGCCAUGCACACUAGCAAUAACCAUUUUGUACCAGUUAGGCAAGACUGGGCAGCCCAGGUUUGGUCCGGCUGCUGCUUCUUCCUUGUGAUACUGCUUCUUGUUUUUAAAGGUGAAUGUGGGGGCCUAGCUGCGCCUGUGCUGGAUUAGGAGGUAGUGUCUCUAGGCAAAAUUAAAGUACAGAAUAUAGAGAGGAUGACAUGACUUAAUCCUGAGACUGGGUUGUACCUUGGAGCAUACAGCAGUUCAUCUGCAUAGUGGUGUGCUUAGUCCAGCACAAGCACAGCUGGGCCACAGCUUUAGCUGAGAAGCAACCGUGGGGUCCCAAGGAUGAAUAGAUGUGGGUGAGAACACCUAGUAAUAACACACAUCUAACGCCUAACUGCUUUCCUUCCACUGCCUGCACCCUACCAUUUUCAAAAAUUGAAUCUUACCUUCUGACUCUUGUAAGUGCUACAGAAAUGCCUUAUCAAUUUGCUGACAUGGUAGUUCUUGCCCUGUCUGUUUUUAACAUUUUCACUGGUUUUCAAGUGAUUUAUUUUUCAUCAGGUUAAUGUGGGUUCCGGAGUAGUUUCCUAAAAUUCACAAAACAGGCUUUAGAUAUGGAUCUCAAUUGUUGAUUGUUCAUCAAAGAAUGGGUGUUGAUUCAUCUGAAGGUCUUUGAUUCUUAAAGAGACAGUGACAUUUGUUUGCUUCCUAAGGAUUUUUAAUAAUGUCUUUAUAUUUUAAUCCUAUAUUACAAGCCUGAAAAUGAUUUUUGAAUUUCAUCCUAAUCAUCUUUUUUCUUCAGCAAACUUGACAUGCCCUUUUGUAGACCAUGGUAGUUAAAAACGUGAUUUUCAGAAAGGUCAUCUAUCUGUGUCUUAGGGUUUUAGAAAAUAAGUGAAGGUGAUGCCCAGUUCCUAUGCCAGUGUUCAGUAACAGUAAAAAGCUAUACUGGAAAUCAAAGCAAA